ACCUUACUCGGCUAAUUCUUAAUGGACUUGAUGUUCAAACGCAAGACGUUUACUCGUAUACCUUUGAAGACGUUGAAUUUCCUAGCAAAAGUGAUUAUUAUUACCUUGAUUUCCUAAAAGACAUACUUGAUAAUUAUAGAAUUGUUCAAGGUUUAAAAGAUAUAAGAUGCUUCCCUUCAUUUACUGGAAAAACAAAGAAAAUUGCCGACUUAUAUGAUCAUGAUAACGUAGUUUUUCGGACUGUUUUUAGUGGAAAUCCGGAUAUGUUCCUUGAUCAUACCAUUUCGGAAUCUACAAGGGGAUCAAGAACACUGUCAAAUAUUGGAUUUAAAGACAAUAUUGAUCAGAAGACAUUCAUCAAGUGCGUUGGGAAGAUCGAAGAAUUGCAGAAAAAGCUGAAUCCUCCACCUGACAUUCGAUAUCGAGGUUUUAUACUGGUCGAUUAUCUUUAUAACAAUAUUAACGAUGUUGCAUUUAUGAAUUUAGAAGAUAAUAUUAUUUCGAGAAUACCAUUUGUCCCAAUUUCUAAAAAUUUGGACAAACCUUAUAGUAUGAAUUAUUCACGUUCUCAAACUUUAGAUUGUUUCAAUAACGUAAUUCUUCCUACUUACAAAGAAGUCGCGUGGAGUCAAAUGUCUCUGAUUGCAGAAGAUGUUAUACCACCUUUACAUGUACUUGCAAAGUAUCCAUCACUUGGUAAACCAAAAACUGUAAAUGUAGUUGAACAUCUCCGUUUCUUGUACGAGAACCUCCGGGAAAAUGAAGAAUGGAAGAAAAAUUGGAGUGAAAUAUUCAAACACAAUGUUUAUGAGGUCUAUAACUGGCUUGAAGAAGAAUGUUUAAAUGAUGAAGAUCUCAACCUAACGGAACACAUUCAUCCACAUGACCCAUUAUUCAUUAAUUUCAACAAAGAUCAUGAUCCUUUUAAAUCUGAAAAUUGGGUAUCUGUAAGAGAAUUGGUUUUAAACAGUGAGCCAAGUGAGGAGAAAUAUGUCAAUGCAAGUCUUGCUAAAUAUCCUACAAUGCUCAAAAGAGCUGGUGCGAGAGAAGUAAAACGACCAAAUAUCGAAAUACAAGUCAGACUCCAUGACCAACCGUCUAUUAACAAAAUUAAAGCACUUGAUUCUCUAUUUGAUCCGAACUUUUCCUUUAAUGACGCCACUUUUAUUAUAAAAGGUGAAAGAAUAAAAGCCAGUCGAUAUAUGCUCGCAAUAAGCUCCUCUAUUAUUGUUAAUGAUGUUGAAUAUGUUGGAGACGUUGAACCUGAUUCGAUGCGCGUCUUGUUACGCUACCUAUACGGUCAGAAUAUCGAUGAUGCAAUUAAAAGAUAUAGGGAUACAUCACCAAAGAUUAAUUACGUAAUAAAUAGAAAUAGUUAUUUUUACGAUGAGGUAAUUGAGGUAUGUAAUUAUUAAUUAUGUAAUUAUAUAAUGGUAUGUUUUUUACUAAUUGCGAUUAUUACAGGAUGAUGAUGAUGAUGAUGAAAACCCUCGUGAAGUAGCACGUGAUAUUUUUGAGCGAUACAAAGAUCUGCUCAAGUUAUCAAAUAAUUACAAUUUAGGUCAUCUGAAAGAGUUGAUGGAAAUGAGGCUUUCACGAUCGGUUACCAGAUUGAAUGUGGGACAAAUAAAAAAUUUAGCAGAAACCAACGAUGCCAAUCAGCUUAAAAA